UUUCUAUGUAGACCAGGCUAGCUUGGAACUCAUGGCCAUCCUUCAGUCUCAGCCCCUAGAAUGUUGGGAUUUCAGGUUUUUCCGUUCCUUUUGUCUCCUUGUUUAUCUACAAGCUGUCAGCGACCCAUAGGAACAUGACCAGCAAUAUGGGCCACAUGCACCCAUACUGGCCCAGGCACCUGAGGCUGGACAACUUUGUACCUAAUGAUCUCCAGGCCUGGCAUAUCCUGGUUGGCCUAUUCUCCAUCUCUGGGGUUCUAAUUGUGAUCACAUGGCUAUUGUCUGGUCGAGCUUCCAUUGUCCCACUUGGAAUUUGGCGUCGAAUCGCCCUGUGCUGGUUUGCUGUGUGUGCCUUCAUUCACCUUGUGAUUGAGGGCUGGUUCUCUUUGUACCAUGACAUCCUUCUUGAAGACCAAGCCUUCUUAUCCCAACUCUGGAAAGAGUAUUCCAUUGGUGACAGCCGAUAUAUCCUUAAUGACAACUUCAUCAUCUCUAUGGAGACUAUCACAGCUUGUCUCUGGGGACCACUCAGCCUGUGGGUAGUGAUUGCCUUUCUCCGCCAGCAGCCUUUCCGCUUUGUCCUACAGCUUGUGGUCUCUGUGGGCCAGCUAUACGGGGAUGUGCUGUACUUCCUGACAGAACAAAAGGAUGGAUUCCAGCAUGGGGAGCUAGGCCACCCCCUUUAUUUCUGGUUUUACUUUGUUUUUAUGAAUGGCAUAUGGGUGGUGAUACCCGGAGUCCUUGUGCUUGAUUCCAUAAAGCAUCUCACUGAUGCCCAGAGUAUGCUGGACAGCAAGGUCAUGAAAACUAAGAGCAAGCGUAACUAAAGAGCAAUGGAGUGGGCUGGAACACUGCUGAUGAGGCGUUCUUCCGACCUACCAGAAAAUUCAGAUCCCCCUCCCACAGGUUGGAGGGUCAGAACUCUGAUUUGUCACUCUCAGGCUGAUGACUGAGCACAAAAAAGGCCAGAGUCAGGAACAGUAGGGACUGUGUGGGGCUACUGUCAGGAACUAUCAUGGAAAGGAUGCAAGAGAAGGUGGGAGCUCCAUGAUGGUGGCAAUUUUCAAAACUAGGAAAUAAAAUAUCUUUAAUUAUAA